GGUUUUUAAAAUAGUUAAUGUUACUGAAUAAAUUGUCUAAAAUCCCGUACACAUUGAAAUAUAUAGUGUUUACCAGAAUUUUACGAUCUCAGUAUAUAUUAUUUUAUGUCACUUUAAUAUAAAACUUAGCGCUAAUAAUAAUGGAGUCUUUCGAGAGAGCACACGUUGCUAAAACCAAAGAUUGUUCCCAAAAAGAGACUAAAUCGGGAGAAAACAAAAAAGAGCAACUGAGGCAAAUGCUAUAUGGGUACAAACAUAGCGAUAACAAGCUAAUUAAAGAAUCUGAAGACUUAAAAAUAGAUUUCGAAAACUCAAGUUCUGUGAGCGGAGUUUCCGAUCUCAACCUUACUAGUUCCAGCGUUGAAGGCGAUGAACCGCCAAAUUUAACGAAUAGUGAUCUUAAAGAUACAAGCCCAUUUAAUAGUAAGGACUUAAGUAGUCUAGAUGUAAAUUCAUCAGAAGUAGAACUAAAGGACAAGAAAGAGCGCGAAAGCUGCCAGAAAUUAAAUCCAAAAAAUGAACCAGAAGGCUCAGCUGAGGGUCGAAAUCGUCAAGUCAGUGCUGAGUCCCUGUCAGACUACAAUGAAGAGAUUGAGUCACCUCCUGAAGAUGCUGAUCUUCCAAAAUAUCCACAUUCAGCUUACGAUACCAUGUUUGAUUUUACAUCGGAAGAUUCUGACCCAAGGUCUGACGAUGACGAAUUUGACCCUGAUGGCUCAUUAGCUCAGAAAAUACUUGCAAGAUUAGAAGAGUCGAGAUAUUACAGGAAACAAGGUGAAAAGAGAAAACGUGAUCCAAUGAAAGCUCUGAAAGCAGUGAUUCAGAUCUAG